GAAAACAUAGGGGGAGGAUAAGAAUUUGGACAACAUGGGCUAAACAUAGAAAUUAAAAAUCACAUAAAAAUUGAAAGCAUUGGUCCCACGUAACAAUAGGAAGAGCAAGAUGCGCACCGAGUUGCUCAGGAUAAAUGCCCGUCUGCUCUCGGCCGCACAGACGCACAGAGCAAUAGAAAACAACAUAGAGCAAUAGUGAAAAAGAAUAAGUGAGAGAGAGAAUGACUAUCAGUAUAGCCACCGGAGAUGAAAUAUCUGAGGCGGAGAUCCCGCUGCUGAAUGACGUCGUCCCAUGCUCCGUCGACUUCAAGGGCCGGCCCUCCGUCCGAUCGAAAUCCGGCAGCUGGAAAUCCUCUGCUUUCAUCAUGGGUGCCGGAGUGGCGGAGAGGCUGGCUUAUUACGGGAAUAGAAUAAGUGCGAAUUUAGUGAGUUAUUUGACUGGACCGUUGGGACAAUCAACCGCCACCGCGGCGGCUGUGUUGAAUGCGUGGUUUGGAACGUCGUCGCUUCUGCCAAUUCUGGGUGGAUUCGUGGCUGACUCAUUCUCAGGCCGAUUCCGGAUGAUAACUGUUUCCUCUGUUCUUUACAUAUCGGGGCUUAGCUUCAUGUCCCUAUCAGCGUCGCUUUCAACCAGCUCUGCUGGAUGCAAACCUGCGGCCAAUAAGUUGGGAUGUUCUCCAACUGAGCUUCAGAUUGUCUUCUUCUUCUUCUCUUUUUACUUAGUAUCACUAGCACAAGGAGGGCUUACACCUUGUCUGCAAGCUUUUGGAGCUGAUCAGUUUGAUGAGGAUGAUGAAGAUGAAUGUAAAGCAAAAAGCUCAUUCUUCAAUUGGUGGACUUGUUUUGCUGCUGGAGGUGUUUUGGUACCUCUCUUGAUCUUGACCUACAUUCAAGAAAAUGUGAGUUGGGUGCUUGGAUUUGGAAUCCCUGCAAUUGUCAUGUGCCUUGCUCUGCUUUUAUUCUUGACCGGAAGUAGGACUUAUCGAUUUCGUGUGAACACUCGAGGAAAGAACCCAUUUGUGAGAAUUCAUAGGGUUUUCGUUAAAGCAGCUAAAAAUUGGAAGGCUGCUCCUAUAGCUAUAUCCAUUGAAGAGAAUGGUCAGGGAAUUCUGCCGCAGAAGGGUGCUCAAUUCAAGUUUUUGGACAAAGCAUUACUUGCACCGGAUGGUACGAUUGAUGAGAAAAUCUGCAGCGUUACGGAUGUUGAAGAUGCAAAGUCACUUCUCAGGCUUGCUCCCAUAUGGUUUGCAUGUUUGGGAUACUCCAUUAUAUAUUCACAGCCUUCAACUCUUUUCACCAAGCAAGCAGCUACAAUAGACCGCCACAUCAUUGGCAGCUUUGAGUUACCAGCUGCUUCACUGCAGCAGUGUUUCAUAACUGUUACCAUUACAAUCUCUCUUGUAUUAUACGAUCGUGUUUUCGUCCCAAUUGCCAGAGCUAUUACCAAAAAGCCAUCGGGCAUAUCAAUGCUUCAAAGGAUUGGGACCGGAUUAUUAUUGUCCUCAACUUCCAUAGUGAUUGCAGCUUUUGUUGAGCGGAAACGUCUUGCACUUGCUCGUGAAUAUGGGCUGGUGGAUAUGCCAGACGCCGUGAUUCCGAUGAGUGUGUGGUGGCUGGCACCGCAGUAUGUGCUAUCUGCGAGUUCUGAUGUUUUCGCCAUGGUGGGUCUUCAAGAGUUCUUCUAUGAUCAAGUUCCCUGUGAACUGAAAAGUAUUGGUCUUGCAAUGUACCUAAGCAUACUUGGAGUAGGCAGCCUUUUGAGCAGUUUCCUGGUAUCUUCAAUCCAGAAAUUGACGAGUGGAAAUGGGCAAGAUGGUUGGUUUGCGGACAACUUGAACCGGGCACAUCUUGACCACUUUUACUUGCUUCUGGCAGGAAUUAGCGCUGAAACUCCGUUGCUUGACGACGUCGUCCGGGGCUCCCUCGACUUCAACGGCCUCCCUGCGAACAAGUCAAAGUCGGGUUGCUGGAGAUCCGCUUCUUUCAUCAUAGGUGUUGAAGUGGCGGAGAGAUUUGCUUAUUAUGGAAUAAGUUCGAAUCUAAUAAGCUAUUUGACGGGCCCGUUGGGUCAAUCGACUGCGGCGGCGGCGGAGAACGUCAAUGCUUGGAAUGGAGCGGCGAUGCUUCUGCCGCUUUUCGGCGCUUUCGUCGCCGACUCCUUUUUGGGUCGAUAUCGUACCAUUAUCAUUGCCUCUCUGCUCUACGUCUUGGGACUUGGGUUCUUGUCUAUGUCAGCUGCACUUCACUCGUACAACUCUUCUGAUUGCAAAAAUGAUGCAAAUAAUUUGGCAUGUUCUCCUCCUCCAUUUGAAGUCAUCUUAUUCUUCUUCUCUUUGUAUUUAGUAGCAUUUGCUCAGGGAGGGCAUAAGCCUUGUGUACAAGCUUUUGGCGCCGAUCAGUUUGAUGAGGAAGAUCCAGAAGAGUGUAAAGCCAAAAGCUCAUUCUUCAACUGGUGGUAUUUCUCAAUGAACGGAGGUAUUUUAGUAGCUCUUUUGAUUUUGAGCUACAUUCAAGAAAAUCUGAGUUGGGAACUUGGCUUUGGAAUCCCCUGCAUUGCAAUGUGCUUCGCACUAAUCAUUUUCUUGCUUGGAUCCAUGACGUAUCGAUUUCGCAUAAACAGUGAUGAAAGGAAUCCAUUUGUGAGAAUUGGCAGGGUUUUCAUGAAAGCAGCAAGAAAUUGGCACGCUGCGCCUACCGUUAUAUCAAUUGAAGAGGAAGCUCAGCAGAUUAUGCCUUAUGAAGGUGCCAAAUUCAAGUUUCUUGACAAAGCAUUACUUACACCUGAUGGUUCAGAGGACAAUGGGCACGUCUGCAGCGUAGCUGAUGUUCACGAUGCCAAGGCAAUUCUUAGACUUGUUCCAAUAUGGUGUUCGUGUUUGGGAUAUGCCGUUGUCUUUUCACAAACAUCAACCCUAUUCACCAAACAAGGAGCUACAAUGGACCGUCACAUAAUUUCUGGCUUUCAAAUACCAGUUGCUUCACUUCAAGCCCUUAUCAGCCUAUCAAUAGUCCUUUUUAUUCCUAUCUACGACCAUGUUCUGGUUCCAAUAGCCAGAGCUAUAACCAAGAAACCUGCCGGCAUAUCAAUGCUUCAACGAAUCGGUGCAGGCAUUGUAUUGUCUUUUCUUGUCAUGGUAAUUGCGGCACUCACUGAGCGGCAACGUCUUGAAACAGCUAUCAGAUAUGGGCUGGUAAACAAGCCAAAGGCGACAAUACCGAUGAGUGUGUGGUGGCUGGCGCCUCAGUAUUUGCUAUUUGGAAUCGCUGAUGCAUUCACCAUGGUUGGUCUUCAAGAGUUCUUCUAUGAUCAGGUUCCAAGUGAACUGAAAAGUAUAGGACUUGCUCUAUACCUCAGUAUAUUUGGCAUUGGGAGCUUCUUGAGUGGUUUUCUGAUAUCUGUGAUCGAGAAGGCAAGCAGUGGAGAUGGGCAUGAUAGUUGGUUUUCCAACAACUUGAAUCGAGCCCACCUCGAUUAUUUCUAUUGGCUACUGGCAGGCCUUAGCGCAGCCACAAUUGCUGCCUACGCUUACUUUGCAAACCAUUAUGUUUACAACAGAAAAAAGCAAAGUCUGAUGCUAUAGCGCUCACACCGGAGUGAAGACUUAAGACUUAACUAUUAUUAUGAGCAGGAUGGGCGUGAAGGCUAUUGUUGGUAAAAUCUUUGUCCAAAAAGGGAUUAGGUCACACGAAAAUUUAA